AUGGACGACCGUGGCGCCAAUACCGAGAUAUCGCCUCCCAACCCCAAGCGAAUGCACCGCAAGAAGGCGCCCUUUGCCUGCGAGGCGUGCCAGAAGCGCAAGUCGCGAUGCGAGGUGUUCUCUGCCACCUCUGAUGUGUGCCAUCGAUGCGACCUUCUUGGCACAGAGUGCACGCUGGCGGCCCUUCGCGGUUCCAUCCAGUCGGCCAUCCCCACCCGCACCGUUGAUGGCACCGAUGGGAGUGACGCCGGCCGUUCAUCAGGCUUGAACGCCGACGCCCUCAAAGUCCUGGUUGAGCACAUCGACCAACGUACCAGCGAAAUUGUGCGGCUGCUGCACAACAAAAGCCACUCUACGUCUUCCACGCCUCCAUUCUUCUCCCCUGGCGCUGUUAGCGCUCGAGAGGAUGGAGUCGGGGACGGCGACGACAUUGAACCCGAGGUCUGGGAGCUGUUGCACCACAGCAAUGGUGUGGCAUUGCAAGUGAUGACGGGCCUCAAUAUUCACGACCGCACUAGCUUUCACGAUCCUGUGCUGAACGGAGUACUGUCAGAGUUGGAAUUCGACAAUGUGUGCCUGCAAUUCAGCACACAUAUUCGUCAAACGUCCCCUGUCGAUGCGCUCCUCGCAGAUCCCCCCCUUCUGCGUCACCCGUUUCUUCGCUGUGCGAUUGUGCAUUUCAUGUCAUUCGCCCGUUCAUCGUCGUUGGAGGACACGGUGGCCCACCGCAAGGUUGAAGCAAUGAUGCUCGCCAACCUCAACCUCCUUGAUGACGCAAACCCUUCGCCAGCGACAUUGAUUGGGUUGCUCAUUCUCUGUCUCUCCCCUGCGAGUGGAUUUGAGCGCCGGUUCCAGAGGUCAUAUGCACCUCCUGGGAUCAUUGCACGUGCCUCGUCGAUCGCGCACGGGUUGGGUCUGGAGGAUGCAGUCGAACGCGCCCGACAAGAGUCCGAAAAGGACCUAGUUGAGGCCACAUGCUUCCAGCCUCUGAUAGUCAAACUGGCAUUGUUCUACACAUUGUUACAUCAAUCAGCCUGGUCUGACAUAUACUUGAGUCCGUCCCUCUCGAACCGCCACACAGCAUCUUCGCCCUUGACAUCCAUUCUGUCGCUAGGAAGCAUCCGAAAGCUACAGUCACCCCUCCUCAUUCACCUCUACUAUGAAAGUACCUUACUGGCUCAAAUUGCCCACAUGUCCACGGCCCUCCAACGAGUCCGGACGGCCAGCAUAUUUGACCGACCACGACACAUGGUGCUGAAGCACCGAAUGGAAGAGUACGACACGUUUAUAAAGCAAUGGCGUAUAGACGUCGAACAAGAACAAUCCCUUGAAUCGAAGCAUUUUCUGGUACUCAACUCCAUCUUUCUGGAGUGUCUCAUGUGUCUUAAAAUCAGCACCGAUGCCGGUACGCUCCUUCCGUCGCCCAUCGUAAUUGAGGACCGCAUGCCGUUCCGCAUGGCAUUUGGCGAACGGAUGAUCGGUUGUAUGCGACAGCUGGUCAGCUUUAUCACCUCGUCGCCACUCAAACUUUCGCACGCACCUUCAUUUUUCCUCACGCUAUCAUUCCUGCCCUUUAGAGGUCUCCUCAACGCGACUCUGAUCGACCCCGGCAUGUUGCCGAUCGUUCAGUCCCUGGAAUUUGGCCAGUUUCGCGACAUACUUGUGAACACGCAUCCAAUGUCGCCCGCCAUGGUGGAUAAGAUCUGCCAGUCACAACCGCCCGGAGGGUGGAAGAUGGUAGUGGAGGAGCGCGAAGCUGCGACACGGACACCGUCGAUGGCCGAGCUUGUUGACACAACGUAA